GGCCUUGGAAAGAAACACCCGUCUUUAGAAACUUCCAAUGAAACAUUUCAUCCGCUGUCCAACCAACUGUUCAUUAAUUACUUCACAACCUCGUUUGAAAAAUCUCUGUUCUGGUAACGCUCCCACACGUGCUGUCAUCUUCUUCCCCAGCUCCCCUGUUCUACUCAACUUUUCCAGACACUUCGAUAGCUGGUAUGAACAUGGCGGCCUCGAAGGAUCUGUUGUUUGUUGUCCUAUUAGCUGCUGUUCUUCCUCAACACCUGCCUCCUUCAGUUGGGAAUUUCUUGCCCCCCCUCCUCUCGCCUUUACCAGAGGAUUUGUGCAAAGGAAUGGAAUGUGGGAAAGGGAGUUGCAAGGUCUCCGGCAACAUUACUCACCCUUACGAGUGCGAGUGCGAGGCAGGCUGGAAGCAGUUUCAGAAUCUCAAGUUCCUCCCCUGUGUCAUCCCUAACUGCUCGCUUGAUAGCUCGUGUACGAAAGGCCAACCCAGCAUACAGGAGAAAUCUCAUGCAGCCAAUGAGUCUGUCUUUAACCCUUGUCAUUGGGCCGAUUGCGGAGGCGGGUCUUGCAACAGGACAUCGCCCCUUUCAUACAAUUGUCUGUGUGACGAGGGCUACUACAAUCUCCUGAAUGUUAGUGUCUUCCCAUGCUUCAAACAAUGUGCCAUUGGAUUGGAUUGCUUAAGGCUCGGGAUUCCGUCCUCGAAUAAAUCUACUGUAUCGCCUAAUGUUGCAGACAGUGGUGCAAACGAUGCAAGCUCACUCGUGCAAGGAUGUCCUCCGUGGCCGAUCAUCUUGACGAUACUUCUCGGCAUGCUUCAGUGGAUUUAGAGGGACUACAUUCGUGUCAGAUUCAGAUCAGAGUAUAUAGUCUUUACAUGCUGUUCGUUCCGAGUAUAUGAGGUUUUUAAUGCUGGCAUAGUUCGCUCUAUCAGAUUACCUUAGCCACGCAGGCUGAUUAGCACAGCUAGCGACAUUUGUCCGGAGCUUGUAAUAGUCAUACUUUCGAUUAUCGAUUUUUCUCAGUAGAGAGUGAUUCGACGAA